AUGGCGAUACUUCAGGCUCAGAAUGAGAAAAUAGCACUGAAGAAAAAGCAGGCUAAACAAAAAGAGAAAGCUCGAAGGAGUCGUCCGAAAAACAGAAAAAAGGGUGGGAGUUUGUGGAAGCGAAAGGGAGGAAAAACUCGUUGUGUGGGAGGAGUUGAGCUUCGUGUCUGGGUUAUGUCAAGUUCCUUUCUGUUUCAUGGGGACUUCAACAAUAUUAUUCAAGAGGAAGAAAGACGAGGGGCUACUUCCUUGCCGAGGGGCCAGUCAUGUAGUCGGGUUGAUAGAUUCCUGGUUAGUCUUGAGUGGUUAGAAGAGUUCCCUGAAAGAGGCCCAAGAGGUUUGUCAGACCAUUGUCCACUGAUCAUGACUGUCACAAGGUGCCUAGGGGAUAUUCAGUUCAUGGACAAGUUGAAGGCUUUGACGAUUCCGCUGGGUAGGUGGCAUAGAGAGCACUUUGGAGACGAGAUCAGGAAAGUUGAUGAUUUGGUCAGCAAUGGGGUAUAUGAUGGAAUAAUGGAGGCUAGAAGGAAGGCGCUUGUGUGCUCAUGUAAGAAAUGGUAUAUUAGAAAGGAAUUGCAUUGGAAGCAUAUGUCUCGGUCCAGGCAUGCUAUGGAGAUGGAUAAAAAUACUAGGUACUUCCACAACUUAGCCUCGGCUCGGAGAAGAAACAAUCGGAUUGAGGCCUUAAAGAUCCAAGGCCGCUUAGUGCGAAAUCAAUCUCGGAUUAAGGUCGCUAUACGGGAUUUCUAUAAGGAGUUGUACCACCAGGAGCAAUCUCCAAAUAUAGGAUUUCGGGACGGGCUGGUAAGGCGAAUAAAUGAGGACGAGGCAACAGAGCUGGAACUGAUGUCGAAUGCUGACAAAAUUAAGUCUGCAGUGUGGGAUUGUGAGUCAUCGAAAGCACCAGGGAGUGAUGGGUAUAACAUGAAUUUUAUCAAGAAGUGUUGGGAAGAAGUUGGGCAAGAAUUCACGGAUGCAGUGAUGGGGUUCUUCCAUUCAGCACUGCUACCUGCGGACUCGAAUGUCACGUGGGUGGCGCUGGCACCAAAAUUUACUGGAGCGACAGAAAUAAGGUCAUAUCCAAGGUGUUGGUUUGGAGGAUGCGAAAAGUGA